AUGAAGGGUCUCUUUUCUUUCGCUGUGGCUUCGGUCAUCACCGGCGCUUUUGCGCUUCCUUCUCCUACUGAGAAUGGUCCUAUCACUGCUCGUCAGGCUGCAGCAUGUGCCACUCCCGUCACCCUGUCCGGAAACCCCUUUGCAUCCCGUUCGAUCUACGCCAACAAGUUCUACUCCUCCGAGGUUGUAUCUGCGGCUGCUCAGAUGACUGACACUGCCUUGGCAUCUGCUGCUCUGAAGGUCGCUGAUGUUGGAACUUUCCUAUGGAUUGACACCCGUGACAAGAUCUCCGUAGUUGAGGACGGCAUCAAAGACGUUCCUUGCGGCGAGAUUGCUGCGCUCGUCAUCUACGAUCUGCCCGGUCGUGAUUGCGCAGCCAAGGCCUCCAACGGUGAACUUGCCGUAGGCGAGAUCGACAUCUACAAGACGGAGUACAUUGACCCCAUCGUUGCCAUCUUCAAGAAGUACCCCAACACUGCCAUCGCUCUCGUCAUCGAGCCAGAUUCCCUGCCCAACCUGGUCACCAACUCCAACCUCCAGACCUGCAAGGACUCUGCCUCUGGCUACCGUGAGGGCGUCGCAUAUGCCUUGAAGCAACUCAACAUGCCAAACAUCGCCAUGUAUAUCGAUGCUGGUCACGGAGGCUGGCUCGGCUGGAACGACAACCUGAAGCCCGGAGCCAAGGAACUCGCCACCGUCUACAAGAACGCCGGUAGCCCCAAGUCCGUCCGCGGUGUCGCCACCAACGUCGCCGGCUGGAACGCCUGGGACCUUUCCCCAGGAGAGUUCUCCAAGGCCACCGACGCCCAAUGGAACAAAGCACAGAACGAGAAGAAGUACAUCGAGCUCUUCUCCCCUGAGCUCAAAUCCGCAGGCAUGCCAGGUCAAGCCAUCGUCGACACAGGCCGCAACGGUGUUACCGGUCUGCGCGAGGAGUGGGGCAAUUGGUGCAACGUCAACGGUGCUGGAUUUGGUGUUCGUCCCACAAGCAACACGGGAUCCAGCCUUGUCGAUUCGUUCGUGUGGGUCAAGCCUGGUGGCGAAAGUGACGGUACUAGUGACAGCUCAGCGACUAGGUACGAUUCUUUCUGCGGCAAGUCAGACAGCUUCAAGCCGAGUCCCGAGGCGGGUCAGUGGAACCAGGCAUACUUUGAGAUGCUCGUCAAGAACGCUAAACCGGCUUUGUAA